GGCUGAAUAUACAGUAAAUUCUCAUAUAUGGGGGGCAUUUUCUUUAUAAUGAUGUGAAGGUGUUGCACUCACCUCCUUUCAUCCUCCUCCUUUGCUCUCGGCAGGUAUGAUCAUGGUGGCCAUCGACCCCCAGCAGGGUCCCGUCCUGUAUAAAUGUGACCCUGCAGGUUACUACUGCGGCUUCAGAGCCACGGCGGUCGGGGCCAAACAGACAGAGGCCAACGGCUACCUGGAGAAGAAACUGAAGAAAAAGCCCGAUCUGACCCAUGACAGGACAGUGCAGUUGGCUAUAUCGUGUCUGUCCUCUGUCCUGUCCUUGGACUUCAAGGCCAGUGAGCUGGAGAUCGGCGUGGUCACCAAGGAAAAACCGAAGUUCAGGUAACUUCUCUUUGACCUAAUAUUAGUCUGUUUUGUGUUAUUCCAUCAGAUAGGAGUGUGUGAUGAAUUUAUGCUGAUGUAGGGUGUAUUUUGUCCAUCUUCUGUCAGUUUCAAAGAUGAGCCUAAUAUCUGAUUAUAAUGUGUUUUUUGUAAAUGCAGCGCUGAUGUUUAAACUUGCACAGUCACACGGUGAUGUGCAUUGACACAGUUUUGUAGCAGCUGCCACUGUUGUACAUUAACUUUAGUGAUUAAACAUCUGUUAUCUUACAUUGUUUACUCAAGUCCUCAAACUGCGAAUGCACUGUAUGAUUCAAGCUCGUUUUUGACCUGAUUUUCAGCUGCACAACUUGUUUUGGAGUAAAUUUCAGCUUUAUCAGGUGUAGUUUGCCAUGCAGUGCAUACAGGGGAACAAGGAUUAAUUAUGGCUCUGAUGCUUUGACAAAUUUCUGAUGUCAGAAACUUUGGUCGGCUGUUAUUGCUCAUCAGGCUCUCGUGCAGUUGAAGCGUGGAGAUUUGUAAAUUUUGGCUUCACAUCGCAGAUGAUUUACUUCCACAGUGGGAGUUGGAAUUAAACAACGUUUCUAAAA